CACUUCCGAUUUACAAUCAUUCUUCAGAUACCUAUAUAAGAAGUUGUGCCUCGCGAAACGACUCCUCAAUACUGCAGUUCCUCAUUUCGAUCAAAAUGUCUUCUUAUCCAUUCAAAGGGUUUCAAGUGCCAGGGCGAUGGCGAUGGUGGUGGUCACGAGAUGGUUAAGUGGGGAUGCAGGUACGUAAUUUUUCGGCAGAAACGCACUGCUGCAUAAGCACGUAAGGUCCCUGCAAAGCUGCCGUCGUUCUCCACGGGCUUGUUGGCAAUCACGACAAGCUGAGGGCAGUGCAGGUCGAAGCAACGCUUCGGUGGAUGAUUCCCUGUGCGAAAGAAGACAUUCUGUGACGAUGGAGUGAAUGGUACUGGAACCCUAAAUAUGGUUGGAGGGCAGUCUCACAAAGUGGACAUAGGGCUGAAUUCCGAAGCAAGGGGUUGGGUAGUUCCACAGCAAAGUGGAAAUUCCUUUGGAGGAACCUAUGCUCAAGGGCCUUUCAAGAGGUCCUUCUCGCAAUCUUCAAGAGACUCAAUGAAGCUCAUCUCGAACAGUGCAUCAGCCACAAGUUUGGACAUAAAUUACAGAGACCGAUAUCCUCACAUGGAACAGCGCGAGCAGCAGCAGAGAGGUGGAGAAGGUGCCGAAGCGGAACAGCGAAGCGCCUACAGGUCCCAACUGGGCCGCGACCGGGGAUGGGGCCUAGAAGAUCGUGCCGGGGUAGAGGCUAACUACGAAGAGAUAGCGGGUAUAAGAGGAGACAUGAGCGUGAGUGAGGGAUCGCAGAGUGAAGGCACUGACGAAGAGGAUGACGAGGAAGACGAUGAUGAGGAUGAUGACGAUGAUGAAGGUGACAUGGUUGAGAACGAAGUUGACGAUGCCGACGAUGACAAGGAAGGACAAGAAUUGCCUGAGCAGGGUGGAGGGAUGAGUAGUAUUGGCAUGGGGUUAAACUUGCCAAUGAUCCCAACGGCAGGCUUGGACCACUUGGGCUACAUGCGACGGGAGCCGCUGAGAGUGGAUGGAGGAUUUCAAAGAAACAUGUUGAAAGCUCCCAUUGGGAUGACGGGAGCGAGCAACUCGCCUUUCGGAAUGUUUCAUUCGACAUCGGCAACAAUGCCUUUCCUGAGCUCAUUCUCGUCGCCCUCCAACUCAGCUCUUCAAAUCGGAGCUGGAGGUCACUCUGAUGUGACGCCCACUCAGAACAGAGGCGGAAUGGGAGACAUCGGAUACGCGUCAGGCGCUUCCUAUACUCUGACUGGAGAUGGGGGGCUUUCGCGUGACGUUACACGAGUGGAGUUUCGGGAAACUCUGGUGGUGACACCCUUGCAAGAAGCAUCCAGAACUUCCUCAGGGCCACUCCACGAACAACUUCAAACAUCUGACAGCGACAACUAUUACACCACGCUUUUGAAUACAAAAGUACCCCCGAAUAAUGGGCUGAAGAGAGCAGAUUCUGUGUCAGGUCGGAAUAGUGAUCCACAGGCAAACGCGGAGGAAUCGUUGCGGCGCAUCCUUUCGGACCCUCUCACGGGUGCACUCAUGGAUGAUGCCAUGAUUAUAUCAUGCGGCCACUCGGUAGGAAAUGCUGGACGAAGAAGAGUCAUGGAAACCAGCGUGUGCAUCAUAUGCGGAGCUUCGGUGCGAACAGAAGCUAUGGCUCCAAAUUACGCAUUACGCGUGGUUGUGCAAGCAUUCAAACGCGAGGAAGAAAUGAAUGGUAAUAUAUGCCUACGAUCUGCCAAGAGGAGAAGGGAGAUAAUUCAGGAGAAUAUAAGUCUGCCGGAACAGAUUGUUGCAGAUGCUACAAAAGUAAAGGGAGUACAAUUCCCGUUUGUUGUGAGUGACCGAGUGAUGAUUAAGGGAAAUAAACGAACACCAGAACGGUUCGUUGGUCGAGAGGCUGUUAUCACAACCCAGUGUCUCAACGGCUGGUACUUGGUUCGAACAUUGGACAGUGGUGAGAGCGUCCGCCUUCAGUACAGGUCUCUCCAAAAAAUGAGAGGUCAGACACCUCCAAAUGCUGGUGGAUACGGGCCCACCUAGUCGAAGAUGGUGCAUUGAGAGAAGCAUAUAUGGGAUCAUGGGAAGGAAUUGACGCUACAUUUCCAAAAUGUGAACUUCAGUGCUCUGUGCUAAUUUAGGAGAUGUGGGACUAGAAUCUGAAGUUCUAGCCAUGGACAUCCUUUCUUAAGUUCUGCUACAAAGUUGAUUCUCGCUGGGCCGAGAAAGUGGCAUCGUUACGUUACCUCUGUGGUUUUUCUCCACUGGUGCAGCUUAUUCAAAGUCUUGACGUCCCCGGCCGCAGACCCAAUUCUCUAAAUGCAACUGCUGAUAUUCGAGCAUGUAGUUUGACAGUCUGCAAGGGAAGUUGGAGAAUUUAGAACGUAGUGCCUCAUCAUGGAUCUGGAUGUGGCCGGUAAUAGGAUUCAACAUUAGAUCCUGGAGCUGUUGUGUAGGCAGGCAGGCACAUCCAGUGAAGUAUUUAGGCAAAGCAAUUUAUGGAAUGGAAACCGUUCGACAGAAUGUCAAUUUCAGCGGAAGAGCUAGCACUGCAAGGUGGGUGUUGAGCUCCGCUGUUGGCAAGAGGCUCAAGAGCCAUUGUAAGAUACUAAAGUCAGGAGGUAACCCCUCAAACGAUUCGUGCUUGUGGCACAGAAAUUGUUUGCUUGUAGAGACCGCAUACCUAGUUUGAUUGCUCACGGUCUUUUCGGAGGGCUCUUUAUGGCUGACGUACCAGAUCAUUUAGGGUGGUAAUGGAUGAGUGGAAAUGAACGGCGAACCCUGCACAAUAAUGUGAGUGCAGUUUGAAGGACCCGAUCGUUAAUGUUUUCUGUCUCUACUAAUCGCAACAACCUUGUAAUGCAA